GUGCAUCAUGCCGCUAGCGACCCUCAGGGCAGCACUUUCGAUAGAUGGAGUGUGGUGUCAACAAAGCCGUUUGCACGACAGAAGUGCCUCACUGAGGCCAGUUGUCACACCUAUGAUAUGGCCCCACCAAAAUUGUCUGGCACAUGUGAUCAAUUCAGGAGAAUGACGCCCUCCAAGUCUGGGCAAAGCAAUUGCCCAGGUAUUUUCAAAGAAGUGGGGAGCAGCAACAUAACGUGAGAGAAGUGAAAGGCAAAAUGAUGAAGGCCGCAGUGAUGUAUGAGCCGGGCGGACCCGAAGUCUUGAAAAUUGAGAGCCGCCCAAUUCCAAAGCCACGAGAAGGAGAGGUCCUGAUCAUUGUCAAGGCAUUCGGGCUCAAUCGAUCGGAGCUGUUCACGCGGUUGGGUCACUCACCUGGCGUAACCUUCCCCCGCAUUCUCGGCAUUGAGGCUGUUGGGAUUGUUGAAGAAGCUCCGGGCAAAGAGUUUGCAAGGGGCGCAAUUGUGGCCACAGCCAUGGGGGGCAUGGGGCGCCAAUUUGACGGGGGAUACGCAGAGUAUACCUGCGUCCCUACCAACCAAGUGCAGAUGAUCAAGACUCAACUGCCUUGGGAGAUCCUAGGCGCUCUUCCCGAAAUGGUGCAAACCGCAUGGGGCUCUCUGUUCAAGGCUCUCCACUCAUUAAGGGCGAUCGCCUUCUAAUCCGAGGGGGCACGAGUUCAGUAGGGAUGACUGCUGCUGCAAUUGCUAAGAGCAAAGGCGCAUUUGUGGCAUCGACGAGCCGUAAUUCCGAUCGUGUUGACUUGCUAAAAAAGUCUGGCGCGGAUCAGGUGAUUAUCGACUCAGGUGCAAUCGCGGAGAAAGUGAAGGAGGAUGGACUUUUUGACAAGGUACUUGAGUUGGUCGGCACCACGACCCUGAAGGACUCCCUCAAGUGCGUCAAACAGCACGGCAUCGUGUGCAUGACUGGGAUUGUGGGAAACAAGUGGACCUUAGACAACUUUGCUCCUAUGGAAGCUAUCCCUACUGCGUCCUACCUCACAGCAUAUGCUGGCGAGGCCGAUGACUUCAUGCUGACGCCGCUUGCUGAGCU